GACUAAAAAUAGAGAAAAAGGAACAAGAUGGUCGACAAUGGCUGAUCCACUUCGCCGGCCUGAACAAAUAUCCCCGCGGUCGAGUCCCAGGGAUAGGGGAUCUAGAUCUCCUGCUUGUCCCCGACCCGACUCAACUGGGACUUUAAAAACAACGAUAAGUUUGGGAAAAAACCCGUCUGUAAAACACACAGGACCCUUUUAUUGUGUCAAAGAUAUACCAGAGCAAUCAGAGAUAACUGGAAGUACAAACUUAUUACAUCACUAUGGCCUCGAACAUUCUUAUAAUAAAUUCUGUGGAAAGAAAGUUAAAGAGGAACUCAGUGCAUUUUUACCUCAUUUACCUGGUAAUAUAGACACACCAGGUGUACAAGACAACAGCUCUCUGCGAAUGUUGAUAGAAAAACCUCCAAUAACUGGUAAAGAAUUAAGUCAGUUAUCAGGAUUAGCAUUAACAGGAUUCAGACUACAUCCUGGACCUUUACCAGAACAAUAUAGAAUGAUGCAUCAAAUGCCAUCGAAGAAAAAGAAACAUAAAAAACACAAGAAGGAAGGUGACAAAGGAAAUGCUCUAUCUGAGGCUCAGACCAUAGAUAAUGCAUCUGAUGCAGAAUCAAGAAAACCAAAGAAACAAAAGAAAGAAGAAGAAAAAGAUAAAGAUGGAAAGAAAAAGAAGAAAAAAGAAAAGAAAAAGAAAAAGCAGAAACACAGUCCAGAACAUACUGUCUCGCACAGUGGAGAAACAGGUUCUUGAUCUGAUCAUCUUGUUACAUAUAAACUAUUUAUAUACAAAUCAUAUAUUUAUAAAUCAUAAUCAUCAUAGUAUAACAUACGUAUACAUACCCACAAUUGUCAAACUUCAACUACUUUGAUUUAUUCACCGUUGAAUGCAAAAGAAUUGUGUAGCAACAACACAAUCUGAUUAAAACACAGAUCUAUAUUUCGUUCUGUUUUUUUUAUACUUUCGAUGGCCUACACUACAUGAAGAUCUGACCAGUUGUACUGAAAGGUCGCGUCAGGUGUUGUCAAGCGGCUUUUGACCCUAUGACAUCAAUCAGCGUUUACAUUUCUAGUUGUUUACCCACAGUUCCGUUAUCACAUGCCAAGAAGUCGUUGUAACAGAUAAUUUCAUUGGCUAAUCGCUCACUUCAACCAGAAUGCCUUUAAUAUAAAAACACUUCCAAAUCCUAGUGUAGUAAAGACAAGUAAAACGAAAUUUUGAACUAUAAAAAACGAAACGAAAUAGGAUCUGUGUUUUAAUCAGAUGGCAAACAACAUAAUCAACCUGAAUUUGGACAGUCUCAGUUUACUAAAAUAUUGAUUAAAAAAUUGAAGUAUACGGUUUAGAAGCAGAUUUAUAAUAGAUAGUUGAGUAGCUGUUGAAUGUUAAAUAUAUUAAUUCUAAUUAUUAUUUUUAUUAUGAAGUUAUCGUUAAACAUUAAAAUUGAAAAUUUUGAAUAGCUAAAUUAAGACUGCCAUGUGUGGCCCUAAGGCCAUAGAAAAUAAAUAUUCUGCUUCACAGCCAAAGGUUGCGUACUUAAUAAACUAGUCAGAUUUCGUAGAGUUUCUUUCCAUCACCACAGGAACUAGGAUGUGUUUAGUAAAAUAAAAUGAUUAUGCUGCCCUGUCAGCAGUAUCUUCAAGCCAAAAUAUUUAUUUAGGUGGCCUAAGGCACUUAUAUUUAAUCUAUAUGGCUGUUCUUAUUAGGGUCUAAUUACAUAAGAUGAUGUUCAUGUGAAUAUUUUGCAUAACAAUUCUCCAGAACUUAUGAAGAAUUCUCGCCUGAAGAGGCCUGAUUAAUAAAAAUGUGAAAUUGAUUGCAGAUUGAAAUUAAUUCUUUGUUGACAUUGUGAUUUAAAUAGAAUUCUUCCAAUUCAUUUAAAGGGAUUCAAUGUCCACAUGAAUUAUUAUUUUGGGGAAGACAUUUUCACUUUAAUGAAUUUUCCAACUUCAUUAGUAUAUGUUUUUGUCACUAUCAUCAUGUAAAUAUCUUUGCCAUUAAGGAUAUCUUAUUGAGGGGCUGGGUUGUCUAACUUGCAUGUUGUAGAGCAUGGUUUAUGUUAUCUAUGCAAGUCACCGACUCGAUCCCAUGUGGAUAUGUGACAAGGAUCAGAGGGUCGACUACCUCCCCUUUUGACAUUUCUUAGGUUAUUCGGGUUUAAAAAUAUACAUGUUAGUCCCAAAAUGAACUGUUUAGUAUUGAGUGGACAUUAAACCCAGUCUCCAGAUACAUCUUGGUACAUACUUAAUAGUACAACAUUCAUUUAGCUUGAUAAUACCAGCUUUCUAAAGUGAAAAAUAAUACCUUAAAGGCUCAAUACCACUCUUGUUGUAACUGAAUAAUAUGUCCCAAUCUUUAUUCUGGUCAACAAAUUGUACUAUUUUACAAUAUUCCAAUUAAUUGGUGAUACAAAUUUCAUCUUAACACACCUAAUUUAUAAAAAUUGGAAAAAUUCAACUACACGUAAAUGAUUUGAAAAGCCUAAUGUAAACCUUUUCAAAUGUGACUUGGAUUUUCGAACCCUCUGGACAAGUAAAAUAGGAUUUAAUGGAUAAUUUACACAACAGGUAGGACACUUAAACAUCCAAUACUUAGAAUAAGGCUAUUAUUUAUUUUCUGGAGCUGUCAAGCCAGCAAGAGUGUUAUUGUCCCUUUAACCCCCCCCCCCCCCCAUGUAUUGAAUAUAAUGGUGAGAUGUAAAAUACUUUGUUUUAUUCACAUAUUAUUCUAAACAUUUAAUUUAAAUCCUACAUUUGAUAUUUAUGACACACGGAAGUGUUUUGUUCAGUCUGUAUUGUCUAUAUCCUGAUAUAUAUAUAUCCUUACAUUGUUGAAAGUCAUAUUAUAAAAGGCAGCAGCAUUAAUAAUACUUAUUGUUUUGUUAUAAGUAUUCCACGGUUUUAAAGCUAAUCUCAUAUUUUAAAACAAAAUAUUUUCUGUCAUAUGUUAACUCUUCUACACCUUUGGGAUUUGUCAUUUGCACAGCUUAAGUUUUACUCAAAUUUCAGUUUGAAUAGUUCCACAGUUGAGAAAAACAGAUUUAUCAGGAUGAUACAAGGGUAUGUUUCUAAUUCUAGUCUUUAGUAUGGGACAUUGUGCGGUAAAAAGGUCAUUAGGCUCUAGCAGUCUGCUGCUGCCAUGGUGGAAUAUAACCUUACAUUGCAAGUAAAACCAUAGAAAAUAAAAUAACCAUAGUGUAUUGUUUUAAAAAGAAUUUCAACACCUUUCGUUUUGCUUCAUCACUAUGUUUUGUGUCCAUCUUGGAUAUUUUAAGGAAUUGUUUAUAAAAGACACUAUUUCUUUAAAAAAAGCAAAACCUAUUUGUAUAAGUUAAUAAUUAGUGUUGUUUUAGGUUGUUCUGAUGUGUUAUUUAGAUUAGUUUAUAACACAAACAGUAUACAAUUCAUUUACUUAUUUUGCUACUUUCACUUUACAUUUUCAUUUAAACUAUAGACUUAGUUUGUUAUAUCUGGACAUAGAAUAAAUCUAUGAUUUAAUAUUGUUAAUGAAUUAGUAAAGACAAAUUUUUUUAUCUUAAAGUUAAAGAUGUGUUAUGUAAAAUAUUUCUAAAAUAGAUAAUGAAAAAUGAAUAUAUUGAAAAUUUCAUUCACAUUAUUUUAUUCUGAGCAAAGCUAUGAGUGUUUGAGGUUUUGACAAGAUACAUAGCAUAAAUUAUUAUGUUACUAAGUCUCGAUUAUCCAUUUUAUUGUUAGUUUUUAAAAUCCAUUUAAAUCUCAGCCACUCAUGCUCUAGAGAGUUGGUAAUAGGCUUGUCAUGUGAAUAAAUGUAUAAUAAUAGUUUAUAUAACAUUUGAAGCCAAAAUAAAAACCUGCAAUAGACAGAUUUAGCUCUUACAUAAUGCAUCUUUAAAAAACUAAUUAACACACCAAAUUAAAUCAAAUUGACAUUUUGUUGUUAAUCAAAAUCAAAGAUUUCUUGUCAUUAUUGUAUCGUGUCCUACCACACAUUUUGUUUUUCAUUGAAUCAGCCGUCUUUAAGUGUCAACCUCAGCCACAAGGACUACGGGCUAGCAUGCGUUGAAUAAAUUUUUAUCAUCUGUCAAGUGUUAACUCAUAUGUUUUAUUAAUAUUAUUAUUUUUUGUACAAUUGGUUAAAGGAACAAUAUAAAUGUAUCCAGUAGUUUGUAAUAGUUUCGGUGGUAUUGGGUAUUCGAAUCUUAAAAUGUUUUAGAUGCCAUUUCGAAAACCCACAUUCAUUCCCUAUAAUAGGUGACUUUGUCUGAAAUUAGAGCUAUAACAUUAGUUUUUCCCCUGCUUGACUUCUGUACAGGAAAUAAUUUAGUGCCGUCGGACAAGCAUGAAUACUCAAUAAAAACAUGAUUUUUGUCCAUGUUGAAACAUGUUUUAACGACAGCAGUGUUAGUUUGUUUUCUGAACAAAAUAACUCGGAAAACGCGGUAUUUUCAUGCUACGAGAAGCAAACCGAUAUGUUUGGCUCUCAGAAUCCCAGUCUUUGUCUAAAGGUAGUUUUAAGAAUGAAAAUCCACACCAACCUGUUUUCCAAUGGGUUUUAGAAUCUGCAAAUGUUAAAAAAAAAAAAUCAAGAAUUAUGAUUCUGUAUGAUGACUUGUAUGAUUAAAAUAGAUUCUCACAAACUGUAACCAUUUUGUAAAUAAAUGUUUUGUUAAUUUA